UAAGUUGCUGAGGCCAGUGACACAGCAGGAGGGAAAACCCAGGGGACCGGGUGGGGAAAGUUAUCGGGUAAGCCAAGAGACCCAGAGGCUGCUCACCAUCCGCUCGCAUAGGGUGUUUGGCCACUGGCUGGCCCAGGUGCUCAGAGGCUGCCUCACGCUGCUCUCUGCCCCCGAACCUGCACCCCGCUCCCAACCCGACUGCACGCGUCUGUGUCCUCUGCACCUGCGGCUGGGAGAGGGCAGUUUGAUGCCUUUGCCAGGCUGGGGCAAGUGCCUGGUCUCUUGGGUGCCUCAGCCAUGACAGGUGAGGACUCCAUCGGCACCUUGGGCCUGAUCCUCGGUGUGGGGCUAUCGCUGCUGCUUGUGUCCAUCCUGGGCUGCAGCCUGGCCAAGUGGUACCAGCGUGGGUACUGCUGGGAGGGGCCUAAUUUUGUCUUCAACUUGUACCAAAUCCGGAACCUGAAGGAGCUGGAGAUGGGUCCACCCUUUACCAUCAGUGGCCACAUCAGCAGCCCAGAUGGUGGCUAUAUGAAGUUCUCCAACAGGAUGGUCUGAAGGGGAGCGCCAGCCUCUGGAGCCCUGGAAAGGAGGACAAAGGGAGAAGAGGGCCAUUUGCAAGCCAGGAAGAGAUCCCUCAUCAAGAACUCAAUCCUCUGGUGCCUUGAUUUUGGACUCCCCAGCCUCCAGAACUGUGAGAAACAAAUGUCUGCUGUUUAUGCCACCCAGUCCACGGUAUUCUAUUAUGGCGGCCCAAGCUGACGAGGACAGCCUCAUACUCAGUUUCUCUGCUUCUCACCUCCCUCCUUUGCGUGGAAUGUUAGUUUCUUUCAUGGCACUUAUCACUGACUGUUAUAAUAUAGUUGUUAGCCUGUUUAUCAGCUUGAUGUUCAUCUUCAUAACCAGAUGGCCCCCUCCAUGAAGCCAUGCCUCUUUUGGUCACCCCUCUGGACCCAGGGCUGAGUGCCAUGCCUGGCACAUUGCUUAAUAGUAUGCUUCUUGAAGAAAUGAAAUGCUGACUACAAUACACGCCUCCAACCAGUCUCCCUGCAUCCCGUCUUGUCCCUUCUGACUCAUGCCUUAC